AUGCGAGUCGUGUACUUUGUAGUCUUGGCUGCGUUGGCCCAGCACGCCAGGGCUGGCGACGCUACAGACGGAACCGAACUGGUUUCAACUUUUUUGGUACAUCGGCACGGCGACAGGACGCCGGUGGAGAUCACCCUGGCCAUGUCCACGGACCCCGCCGCGCUGGAGCAGGCCGCGGCUCCCUAUGGCUUUGGACAACUCACUGAGUUCGGUAAGAAGACCAGCUACAAAGUGGGAGAGUACAUCAGGUCACGUUACGGCGCUCUGCUCUCGGACCGAUACAACGCCUCCGAGAUCUUCAUCCGGUCCACGGACUCGACACGCACGAAGAUGACUGUCCUGACCGCGAUGGCCGCCGUCUACCCACCUCCUGAAGACAACUGGAGCUCAGAGAUUCACUGGACCCCUGUGCCCUACACCACCGUGCCACCUAAAUAUGACCAUAACCUGGCCAACCUCAACUGUCCGGAGUUCAUCUCGUUCUACUACGACCAGUUCAUGAAACCUUCCGAGAAGAUGGCACCCUACCGCGACUUCCUGGCGAGAUGGUCUGAAAUUCUCGGCUUCGACCUCGUGCAGAUGCCCGCCUUGGCGUACAUGUUCUACGACGUAUACACUGCUCAGCUCGGGCUGGGCGUCCCGCUGGACGAGGCUACGGCGCAGAAGUUCCCCGAGAUCGAGGCGGCGGCCGGGGCGGCCAUCGACGUCGUGUUCGGAGAUGAAAACUACAUCGCGCUACAAGCGGGAGUGUUGCUGAAUGAGUUCUUGAAGGCGGCGGCGGCGGUGGUGGGGGGCGAGAGCGCGCGGCGAGUGCACGUGUACUCCGCGCACGACUACAACGUCUACUCCCUGAUGGCCGUCUCCAGGAUCAGUCCGCGACAAGGAGUGCCCAAGUACGGCUCCGUAUUCUCCCUCGAGCUGAGAAAGGUCACCGCGACCGGGAAGUAUGUAGUUUUGCCCGUUUAUCUAAGAUCUCCGUACGAGCAGAUCCAGUACCUGCAGGUGGAGGGCUGCAGCGCGCUGCUGUGUGACCUGGAAGAGUUUCAGCAGCUCACCUCCCGCUACGUGCUCGAAGAGGACGAGUGGAGGACAAAGUGCGGCUUCACGCACGACCUCGAAGUGGACGACUCCAGCAUUAACUAA